CUAGUCAGACACUACUGUGUAAUACGAACUGGACAUUGAUUUUGGUCGUAAUUCAUGACAACGGAUAAAUAACAAGUGCUCUUUGAUUGACAGAUUACCAUGGAGUGGGGGAAAGCAUUGGAGUUUAUCGCUUGUUUCAUGGUUCUGCUGGCUGGGGCACUGGGGAGUGAAGAAUCUAAAGAUCAUGGCCAGCCACCACACAUUAUCUUCAUUGUAGCUGAUGAUUUGGGUUGGGAUGAUGUCAGUCUCCACGGUUCUAGUCAGAUCCUGACGCCAAACAUUGACACCUUGGCACAAGAGGGCGUAACGUUGACAAACUACUAUGUGUCGCCCAUCUGCACGCCAACGAGAAGCGCCAUCAUGACCGGCAAGCAUCCCAUACACACAGGUAUGCAGCAUGACACCAUAGGAGCCGACGAGCCGUGGGGAUUGGGUCUGGAUGAGAAGACUAUGGCCCAGCAUCUUAAAUCAUUAGGUUACAGUACUCAUGCAGUUGGAAAGUGGCAUUUGGGUUAUUUUGCCGAGGACUACAUACCGACAAGGAGGGGCUUUGAUUCUUUCUUUGGCUACUACAAUGGAAGAGGGGACUACUAUACCCAUGAAGAUACUGAGGGAGGGUUCGGCGGCUACGACCUUCACAAGAACGGAGAGGUUCAUUGGCCGGAUUUUGGUCAGUAUUCCACAGAAAUCUUUACCGAAGAAGCCCAGCAGAUUAUCAAGACGCACAAUGCAUCACAGCCUCUAUUCCUGUACCUAGCGCAUCAAGCCGUGCAUGCAGGAGUGUAUGGGAAGGACCUGGUAGAGGCGCCUCACAAGUACUACCAGAUGUUCCCCAAUAUUAAGACUGAAGGAAGAAGAAUGUUUGCAGCGAUGGUUGCAGGUUUGGAUGACUCUGUAGGCAACAUCUCCCAGACACUUCAAGAUGCAGGUCUCUAUAACAACUCCAUCAUCGUCUUCACAACUGACAACGGGGGACCCACCAACGGCUACGACGGCAACCACGCCAGUAACUGGCCCCUGAGGGGGUGCAAGCACACACUGUGGGAGGGCGGGGUGAGGGGCACUGCCUUCGUGAACAGCCCCCUCAUUGAGAAACCCAGACGCUUCAGUGACCGCAUGAUGCACGUCUGCGACUGGCUGCCUACGCUGUAUGGCGUAGCCGGGGGUGACCCCAAGGAGCUGACGAAUUUGGAUGGAUUUGACCAGUGGGAUGCUUUGUCAAAGUAAGUAAGAACUUUGUUA